CAGCGGAGGCAGCCUCGCGGUGAGCUGCCGCUGCCGCCACUGGUGCCGCCGCCGCCGCCGCCGCCGCCGCCUCGUCGGCCGGAGUUGGGCUCCGCGGGCUUCCCCCCUCGCAGCCUCGGUCCUUCCCCGCCGCCUGCGAGUCAGCCUGGCGCCGAGUCACGUGUCAGUGCCUGAGGCAGAGACUGAGAGAAAAAAACGCGCUUCAUUCCUUCUUCCACCGCCAUACUGUAUUUUAUACUAAAUCUCAUUUUUAUUCCAACAUUUUACUCCCGCUCGGUGAGUACCUUCUCAGUGGCAUUCUUGUCCUAUUCUUUUUUUUUUUUGUCCUUUUUUUUUGUUUUUGUUUUUUUUUCUUCUUUUUUUUUCCACUUCUUUGAUUAUUGUUUAUAUUUGGGAAAGCUGGAGGAGCAUGGUUUUGAGCCUUUUCCUGAAUCCAAGUUUUUCUAGCAUGCGAUCGUUCUGUAGACAAGGCGCUGUGUCUGGGAGUCCGCGGCGACCGUGCCCGCUGGGAGCGUCUCCCAAGUCCAGCAAAAUAUGCAACUGGUUUUAUGGAAAAAGCGAUAUGAAGUAUGGUGCCUAUUUUUUUCCUUUGUAAAAAUAAAAAAAAGCAUGUUUCUAACUCUUUUUUUUUGCAUACUCUUUUUUUUUCCGGAUAACGUUUUUGUAUAGGUGGGAUUUUACGGCAGUGUUUACAAGUUUGUGGUCUUGCAAUACUGGUGCAAACCACUGAGCAAAGACAUUAAUUUUAUAUAUUUUUUGUGCCCUUUUUGGAAGCCGGUGAGAACAAAUUCGUUUUUUUCCCUCCUGUUUUUGAUACCUAUUGAUAACAUGAAACUUUUCUUGCAGCUGGUUACUGGGAUCAUUUUUAAGCAAAAUACUUUUUUCCUCCUUUAAAUUAACUAUGACUUUUGCACAUUUGACUUUUUUAAAAAAAACCGACAUAAUUUUAUGAUAGAUAUCCUGAUAUCUAUAUCUAUAUUAUCCCUUCUUCCUCUCCCUCCCCUCCCCGUAAAUCAAUUUUCAAAUGAUGGCAGUGGAAGGUUUUUCUGGAAAAAAAAAUGAAGUGCGGUUUGGUUUCCUUGUCAACGGAGGAUGAAGUGAACAGCUGAGCAGCUCGAAGAGAGCAGACAGACCAAUACUUUAUUGUUAUUGAAGAAAAUCCCAAGAUAAUUUAAAAUGAAACAUUAGGCAGUGUCCAAACCACAUUACUAUAAGAAGAAAACAAAAAGAUUAAAACACAGUGAGCCAACCAUGACUGGCAAAACGCAGACCAGCAAUGUCACCAAUAAGAAUGACCCCAAGUCCAUCAACUCUCGUGUCUUCAUUGGCAAUCUAAAUACAGCCAUUGUCAAGAAGGUUGACAUUGAAGCCAUUUUUUCAAAGUAUGGAAAGAUAGUUGGAUGCUCCGUUCACAAAGGUUAUGCAUUUGUACAGUACAUGAGUGAGCGGCACGCGAGAGCUGCAGUGGCUGGAGAGAAUGCCAGGAUCAUCGCAGGCCAACCACUCGAUAUCAACAUGGCAGGAGAACCCAAACCCUACAGACCAAAACCUGGAAACAAGCGGCCCCUUUCUGCACUUUACAGACUUGAAUCAAAGGAGCCUUUCCUGUCCGUUGGUGGUUAUGUCUUUGACUAUGAUUACUACAGAGAUGAUUUCUACAAUCGGUUAUUUGACUACCAUGGACGUGUGCCUCCACCUCCUCGCGCGGUCAUUCCACUGAAGCGUCCCAGAGUGGCUGUCACUACAACUCGCAGGGGGAAAGGAGUCUUUUCCAUGAAAGGCGGAUCAAGAUCUGCUGUUAGUGGGUCUUCAUCGGGCUCUAAAUUGAAAUCAGAUGAGUUACAGACAAUCAAGAAAGAAUUAACCCAGAUCAAAACUAAAAUUGACUCCUUGCUGGGGCGCCUGGACAAGAUUGAGAAGCAGCAGAAGGCGGAGGCAGAAGCUCAGAAGAAGCAAUUGGAAGAGAGUAUAGAGCUGAUCCAAGAGGAAUGUGUGUCAGAGAAUGCAGAUCACUCUACAGAGGAGCCUGCUGAAGGAGGGCCAGAUGCGGAUGGAGAAGAGAUGACUGAUGGGAUAGAGGAGGACUUCGAUGAAGAUGGGGGUCAUGAGCUGUUUCUACAGAUAAAGUGAUCUGAAGUAAUGUGUGAUGCCACAAAGCUGAAAAGAGAAACUGUGACAACCCCCAGAAAUGUGAAAGGAGGUUUCUUACUGGAUAGCAGCAUCUUUGGUUCAAUUUAUAUAAAAACCCAAAUAAAUAAAAUGGACAGUAUUGCUCAAUUUUAGAAAUUCCAUUUCUUCUAUGUUCUAAGCUGUACAAUUGUCAGGUUUUUAUGGUUUAAAUUGUAAAUGUGUUUUCCCCUUUGCUAAUUAUGUUUUUUUUUAAGUCUUAAAAUGUGAAAGACAUUUAUGAAUGGUAAGGGAGACACUAUAUACAAAUGUAUAUUUGUAAAAGCUAUUUUUAUGAUUAGCAUGUUUCACUGUUGAUCAUAUAUUAAGUCAGGUGAUACUGCAGUUCUAUGUUUAAAGCUUAUUUCCAACAAUGUCAUGUAAGAGAAGACACAUCUUAUGCUAGUUUUUAUAAUUUAUUUUUAAUUUAUAGUUUAAAGUAUUUCAGAGCGUAAGGAUAAAAUACUUGAAAGAGUUAUAUUUCUGCCCUCUAUAAGCACCAUUUUUAUUAAUAAAGAAUGCAGAUAUUUCAGAUAUGUUACAAUAGUUAAAGGACUGUUGGUUUGACCUGUGAUUAAGUUGAGCAUGCUCCACUCUACUGAGCUAAAGUGAUCCAAUUAUUACCUAAUACUUCAGUCUGGGUGGGAGAUUCCUUGGACAAGUUUUAAUGCUCUUGUAGGUGAGAAGUAGAUUGCCAAGGAAAAGAUUGUCUUGUCUUUGGAUCCAAAAGUUUAAAUUAGUGCAUACAUCACUUCAUUUCCUCUCCUAUUCCUAGGAAUUCUCCACUCCCAAGUAUUGCAAGUGUUUUCCAGAUGCUCUUAGCUGUUGUCUUGUGCUGUCGAAAUGGAAGAAACCAUCUUCACAGGCUGUAGGAGAAUUCAGCAUAUAAUUUCUUAAUAAAUACUGUUUCUUUUGAAACAAA